AUGAGAAGGACUGAGCUUGUGUUUGUGAGUCUCCUAUGGUUUGUGGUAUUUCCUCCCACGAAUCCCCACCAAGACCAGAGCCACAAAUGCAAAAUAAUCCCAGGUUCUAUGUCCCUGCCUGUGCUGGAGAAAGAGGGGGACAUCAUCUUAGGGGGACUCUUCUCCCUUCAUGACAUGGUGGUGGAGCCCAGUCUGUCCUUCACCUCCACACCUCUUCCCACGCAGUGCACCAGAUUUAACUUCCGGACGUUUCGUUGGAUGCAAACUAUGAUCUUUGCCAUCGAGGAGAUCAACAGAAAUGGCAAACUCCUUCCCAACAUCACACUGGGCUACAAGAUCUAUGACUCAUGCAGCACACCUCAUCAAGCUCUGAGGGCUGCCAUGCAGUUAAUGAGGAGUGACAAGGGUUCGGGGGUUGAAGGAGAGAUGCAGAGUAAAGACACCUGUCAUAAGACUGUACCAGCGGUGAUCGGAGAUGGAGGCUCUACGCAGUCUCUCGUUGUGGCCCGUUUCCUGGGCGUCUUCCAUGUGCCACAGGUGAGUUAUUUCUCCAGCUGUGCCUGUUUAAGUGAUAAAAAGGAGUUUCCUGCCUUUCUCAGGACCAUGCCCAGCGACUUCUUUCAGGUAGAUGCACUAGUACAGCUUGUUAAGCAUUUUGGCUGGACUUGGGUGGGCGUGAUUGCGGGGGAUGAUGCCUAUGGCCGUGGUGGGGCUAGCAUCUUUGCCAGUGAGGUUAGAAAGUUGGGUGCUUGCGUUGCCCUCCAUGAGAUCAUCCCUAAGAACCGAGCACAGACUGCAAUUUCAUCUAUCAUUUCUAAGAUCCGCUCCUCUGGGGCUCGGGUGAUUCUGGUGUUUGCUGUGGAACAAGACGCAGCUGCGUUGUUUGAUGAAGUACUCAGGCAGGGGCUCACUGGGAUACAGUGGUUGGCCAGUGAGGCUUGGAGCACAGCUGCCGUCCUCUCCUCCCCCAGAAAGUACCGCCACAUCCUGCAGGGUUCUAUGGGAUUUGCCAUUCGCCGAGCACACAUCCCUGGAUUGCAAGAUUUCCUGCUUCGCUUGCAUCCCUCGAGCCCAGAUGCCCUUGAAGAUCCCUUCCUGAUACCCUUCUGGGAAGAGGUUUUUCAGUGUAGCCUGGGUGUGCAUGAAGGUCAGGAACGUAAUGUUGAGGGUAAACCUCCAUGCUCUGGAGCAGAAGAGCUGGGGAAUGUGAAGAAUAUCUAUUCAGAUGUGUCACAGCUAAGGAUUUCCUACAAUGUAUAUAAGGCUGUGUAUGCCAUUGUUCAUGCACUCAAGGCUAUGAGAAGCUGUGUGAAAGGAAAAGGGCCAUUUCCUCUGCAGGCCUGUCCUGAUGCAGACAAUAUACAACCAUGGCAGCUGCUUCAUUACAUAACGCAGGUGGAAUACUUGAACUCAUUUGGUGAUGAAAUCAAGUUUGACAAGAACGGUGACCCUGCAGCCAUGUAUGACCUGGUUACCUGGCAGCUGACACAAACUGGAGAAAUGGGUUAUGUCACUAUUGGCAAGUUUGAUGAGACAACCACAGCUGGACAACAAAAACUCCAGAUACAGGAACAGAACAUUGUAUGGAAUGGCAACCAAACCGAAGUUCCCUUGUCCGUAUGCAGCAGCAUUUGUCCCCCAGGUACCCGCAAGGCAAUCAGACCUCAGUUCCCUAUCUGCUGCCAUGAUUGUGUGGCUUGUACAGCCGGGGAGAUUAGCAAUCAGACUGAUGCCAUAGAGUGUGUUCGCUGCCUGCCAGAGUUCUGGUCCAAUGCUGAGAGGACAGCUUGUGUCCCCAAACAGGUGGAGUUCCUCUCCUUUAAUGACACCAUGGGCAUCACCCUGACGGCUAUUUCCCUCUUGGGCUCCUUCUGUACCUGUGUUGUGGUCUUCAUAUUCUCCUAUCACAGGACCACUCCCAUUGUCAGGGCCAACAACUCUGAGCUGAGCUUCCUGCUGCUCUUCUCCUUGACUCUGUGUUUCCUGUGCUCUCUGACCUUCAUCGGCCGGCCCUCUGAGUGGUCCUGCAUGCUGCGACACACAGCGUUCGGCAUCACCUUUGUCCUCUGCAUCUCUUGUAUUCUGGGGAAAACUAUUGUGGUGCUAAUGGCCUUUAAAGCGACACUUCCAGGAAGCAAUGUAAUGAAAUGGUUCGGGCCUGCACAGCAAAAGGCAUUCAUUGCCAUUUGUACACUAGUCCAGGUUAUCAUCUGUACAGUGUGGCUGGUUGUUGCUCCCCCGAUUCCACGCCAACUGAUUCCCCGUGAGAGCGCUAUUGUCAUACUCUUGUGUGAUGAAGGUUCACCCAUAGCAUUUGCUCUUGUCCUGGGCUACAUUGGCCUGCUGGCUAGCCUUUGCCUCCUUUUGGCCUUUCUGGCAAGGAAACUCCCAGAUAACUUCAACGAGGCCAGACUUAUCACCUUCAGCAUGCUCAUUUUUUGUGCAGUGUGGGUAGCCUUUGUUCCCGCCUACAUCAGCUCUCCAGGGAAGUACUCCACGGUCACAGAGGUGUUUGCUAUCUUGGCCUCCAGUUAUGGACUACUGGGCUGCAUCUUUGCACCAAAGUGCUACAUAAUUCUACUAAGGCCAGAAAAGAAUACAAGGAAACACCUAAUGUCCAAAGCUGACAAAUUUUAG